UCCAAGAUUGCUACAGCCACCGAUCCAAAGUUGUAGGCACGUCACCGCAAGAAGUAGAUCCUUUCUCCUCUACCGACUGAGAUUGAUGUAUUUUUUUUUUUUGAGGAGAAAGGGUUUUGGGGGGGAGAAAUUGAAAUCCCUCAACGGAGAGGAAUCUCAUGAGAGAUGCAUAUGCUAUACUUCGAAGGUGUCCGACAAGUCUCUUGUUGUUUGCCAUCCUUUGAGCGUGUCGAUUAGAUCCCUUCGCCGGCGGAAAGCAGGAGCUGCAGGCUGCAAUGGCCAUUUUUUUCUCCGACCAGUUCACAGGGAGAGUGGAAGCCCAGGCAAUGCAGUCUUCUUCAUUGGAGGCUUUGUGCUGGGAGGAAUUAUGGCUGGAACACUUGCUUGUGUUUAUGCACCUCAGAUCAGCAAAGCACUAACUGGAACUGACAAAAAGAUCUAAUAAGGAAGUUACCAAAAUUCAUCUACAAUGAAGAGAAAGCUUCAGAGAAAUCAAUCAAGGCACUGGCGGAGAAGAUUGCACAACUUAACGCCACCAUUGAGGAUGUUUCUUCUCAAUUCCGACCAGAUGAUGAGCCAAAUGGAGUGGCUGUGACUUCUGACGAGUUUGAAGCUGCAAAAUAAGAUCAAGUUGGGGGGCAUGAAUGGUGGUGGGUAGCCAUUCCCCAUUUUCCUCUCUCCAAUACGGAGAAAUAACUAAUUGAUCUUGUUGGAAUUUCGACCUCGGGGUUCCUUUUACUAUCAUCACAAGCGUGAAUAAUAAGAUUUUGAGACGAUCUGAGCACAUAUUUAUAGGUCAUGUAGUAAUAUGACAAAGAAAAUAACACUUCCUACAUUGUUGU